UUUACACAGUACAAAACAAAACAACAUAAUUAAGAAUGCCGUUCCGUAUCCGCGACGCCGUCCCGUCCCCCUCCGACGACGACGCCAAGUUCAUCACGUCGGCCUUUGACUCAUCCAUCCCGCACCUCUCCAGCAUCGGGAGCGCCGGGCAGUGGGGCACCGACCAGCUGUCGGUCGCCCGCCCGGGCUUCCUGGCCCGCCAUGCAAGCGCCAUCGCCGACGCCGAAGCGUACCGCCUCGCCUCCUCUAGCUCUAGCUCGGGCGCGCCUAUUAAAAAUAAGCCCGUGCGCGUCCUCAUCGCCGAGGCCGCCCUGCCCGGCCGCGACGACGGCGACGGGGCCGGCCACGAACAGCAGCGGUAUUACCUCCCCGUGGGCGCGGCGACGCUGCGCGCCAAUUACCUGCCCCAGUACGUGCUCGAUCAGGAGCACCUGCAGGGCGUGACCGGUCCGCUGCUGGCGGGCGCCGCUGGGGAGGGCGGCGGCGACUUCAUGUACCUCGAGGUCCUCAUCACCGACUUCCGCGAGCCGGCCCGGGAUUACCGCAAGGGUGCCGGGGCCGCGCUGGUGCAGUAUGCGAAGGAGUGGGUGGGCAAGGAGCUGGGCAUGCAUGCCAUGUACGUGGAUUGCUGGGCGGGGAAUGGGGAAAAAUUGGUUAGGUACAUAAUUUCUUCUUCUUCUUCUUCUUCUUUAGGGACUGGGUGACCAAAAGGUUGUGUUCGAAGUUUAGUUUAAUUAUAGCGACGAAAGAGGGAACAAAUUUUGUUUGUUCGAGGCUUGAUG